ACACACACACACACACACACAUAUUCCCACACCACUGAGUUGACAAAAGAACCAAAGACCGCCGCCGCCUCCACCUCCACCUCCGCCGCCUCACUGCCCCCGUUGCUGCAAUGCCGAUUUCCACCUCCGCCGCCACCCUCAACUUCACCGUAUCACCGUCGCGCUCCCAGUCUCUCCACCUCCACCCAGAUUCCGGCUCCUUACUCUCGCCUCCGUCCGUCUCCUUCACCCCCAAAAUCUCCACGGCUGGCUCUCUUGUCCUGACUCCCAGCAGCCGCUCGCUGUUCCUUGUCUUCUCGACCAAUGCCGCCGCCGACAGCGAAAUCGAUGCCAAAUUAUCGACCGGCGGCGGAAAUGGGGGAAUCGGUGGCGGAAAUGGUGGCUCUGGCGGAGGCGGAGACCAAAACGGCGGAAAUGAAGGGAAUGACGAUGAGAACAAGAAGAGGAAUAAGGACGAAGCUCUGAUGGCGUUGGCCGAGGCUGGGAGGAAUCUCGAGAGCUUGCCUAAGGAUUUGAGAGUUGCCAUUGAAGACGGAAGGAUACCUGGAUCGAUUGUUUUGAAGUAUUUCGAUCUUGAAAAAUCUGGGUUUUUGUCCUGGCUUAUGAGGUUUGGAGGAUUCAAGGAGAGGUUGUUGGCAGAUGAUCUCUUUUUGGCUAAAGUUGGCUUUGAAUGUGGUGUUGGAGUAUUCACCAAGACUGCUGCAGAAUAUCAGCGUCGCAAGGAAAACUUUUUCAAUGAGCUGGAAAUUGUAUUUGCCGAUGUGGUGAUGGCCAUAAUAGCUGAUUUUAUGCUUGUUUACCUUCCAGCCCCCACUGUUGCUCUCCGUCCCCCUCUUGCGCUCAACGCCGGUCGCCUUGCUAAGUAUUUCUACAGUUGUCCAGAUAACGCAUUUCAGAUUGCAUUGCCUGGAACUUCCUUUUCGUUGUUGCAGAGGAUAGGUGCUAUAGUGGUUGGUACUGUCGUGACAAAUGCAGUGAUAAAUGCUCGUAAAGCUGUUGAUCACUCUGCUGGGGAUGAGGUGGAAAAUGUUCCUGUAAUAUCAACAAGUGUUGCCUAUGGUGUCUAUAUGGCAGUGUCGAGCAAUCUUCGAUACCAAGUGUUGGCUGGCGUUAUCGAGCAACGGCUUCUGGAACCAAUGCUUCAUCAACACAAGUUGAUCCUGAGUGCUCUUUGCUUUGCUGUGCGAACGGGCAACACUUUCUUGGGUUCAUUAUUGUGGGUUGACUAUGCUCGUUUGAUAGGGAUCCAAUAGGCUCCAUAUCUGAAGUCUUAAGUAGAAAAUUGUGUUUCUCGUCUCCAGUUUGUAGAAUGUCAUGUCAAUUUGUCCUUUUUGCUUGGAUCAUAUAAUAACAACUGUUUACUGGAGAUGCUAAAAUGGUUCGUAACAUACCAGUAUUGAUUUGUCGAAAUCGACAAUGGUGGGACAAUUUGUAAUUUGAAUUUUAUAUAUUCAAUAAAUGAGACACUCCAACAAAAUGGUUAUAUUCUAAUUGAAAAUUUUGCAGUGAUAUAUUUGAAUAGAAAUUUUAACGGAUAUUCUAAUGGUAUAACUUCCAAUGAAAUAAUUUCGUUUGAAUUUGUUUAUGUUUGAAUCUGUUUUUCUUGCUGAUUUU